AUGCCUAGUGGUCUAGAGGUGAUGCAGGUGGAGCAUGCAGUGGACCUGCUGAUGGAGUGUGAUGAAGAGGAGCAGGAGGUUUGGCCUCGACACGAUGAAGUUUCUCCGUCUCGCUCUCUGGAGGCCGUCGGUCCGAUGGAGGACACCGACCUCCCAGCGGUCCGGAUCAUCCCCAUCCCAGUUCACCCAGUCAGCAGCUGCAGCCCCCCCCCCACACCACAGCACACUGAAGGUGGCGCUGCAGAGCUGCAGCUGCGCUUUCAUCUCACAGGUUUUCAUCUCGGAGGUUCAGUGAGUGGCUUCACUUCAGUGCAGGUUCACAGUCCUGCAGCUGCUCACCACAUCAGCACCGCGGCCUGCACUGCUGCUGACCCCAUCAUCACAGCCCCCCGUCCUCUGCCCCCCCGCGGACCCUGUCCUCCCCACAGCCAACACCCCCAGCACCACGGACGAAACCUCCACCGUCGGAGACCACACCCCCCGUACCACAGCCCACCAGGCGCCCCCCCCGGCAGCAGCAGACCUGCAGCUCCUCUCAAACCUCUGCACAAAGGUCAGCUGGGACCCGUCUCACCCCCCGACUGCCUCGUCUGCAUGUCUCAGUACAAACUCAUCACAGAGCUCAGAGGAUUCCUGUGUCUGUGCAGCCCUGAGAUCGCUCAAAGUCUGAAGAACCUGAAGAAAAAGAAAACCUUCAGGAGGAGCAGAGACAAGAAGAAAACCUCCAGGAAAGUAUCCAAGACUCGCCCGGGACCCUCUGCUCCUAAAGUCGUCUCUCCAUCACAGAAGACCCCCAGACCGCCGGAUGACUUCCCCUCAGACCGCUUCACCAGCCCGGCCCCCCCUUCCACCCGCUGCAGCCCCCAUCAGGACCAGUCCGAACCCCCCCCCGACCUCCCUCAUGGUAAACUGGUGAUAAUGGUGGAGGACUUUUACUACGGCUCCGACCCCGGGCGAGGCGCCGUCAAACCAGAGGAGCUGGAUCGAAAGCUGACUGGACCGUACCGCUGCAUCCACUGUCCCACGAUGCUGCACAACAACAUCAAGUUAAUGUCUCACAUGAAGGAACAUGUGUCCACGAUUUGUCUCAGGAGUACGGAGGCGUCCUGGACUCUCACUGUCCUCACUGUUUCCGUCACUUCCCGUCUCCAUUCAAACUGCAGUGCCACCUGGAGGCUGUGCACAGUCAGUACCAGUCCACAG